AUGGCAAUCGUUCGGGCAUUAUACGUGUCAGCGAUGCGUCUCCUUCAAUUGAUUAUUUCUUUUUUCCGCAAUUUGUGCAAUGGAAAUCGCACCAAGAAGCGAAUGGAAAUGGACGAUUUACCAUUUGAAGUCGUCGUCGACAACAUCCGAACGGAGAGAAAAGGUGAAGAACGAGCAUCGCUACUCCAAAAUGAAGUAAACGACUCGUGGGGAGACGAAGAUUGGGAUAAAAAGGAAGAAGUCAACGACAAGAUUGAGCAGUGGAGGAAUAAUAAUGCCCAGAAGCCGGAUACACAUGCCAAGCCAGAAGACGACUUGUUCAGCACCCUCGAACCAACAAUAACCAGUGCCAGAAAGGUCGUCAUAGCCCCACGUGGCGGAUUCCGUGACACCGCCCCAAAGAAAAGCAGAUUCGAGUUCAACGAAGCAAGCGUGGGAGCUACGACGACACUUGGAGAGAUUGACGAUGAUCUUCUCGGAUGGGGUGAUGAUGACCUGGACACCACUUUGAAAGAACACCGCGAGGAGCAACACCGACAACUCCAGCAAGAACAUGAACGACGUCUGCAACAGAAAAAAAUGCAAAAUGCCGGAACUCACCAUAUGCUCUAA